AUGCGGUCACUCUUGUCCUGUCUAGCGAUACUCACCUUCUCCGUGCUUGCUUUUCCUUCUCCCAGAGAAAGCCAUUCCCAGAUCAAGGAAAGAGUAUUUCCACCUCGGGACUGGGAGAUCCACAGUGUCGCUCCUUCCAGCCACAGAAUAGAAUUGAAGAUUGGCCUUCCUCAACCAAAUUUCAAUAUCCUCGAAAAACAUCUAUAUGAAGUCUCAGAUCCGUCUCACUCUCGCUAUGGACAGCACCUUUCCAAAGAAGAGGUGGAGGCUCUUGUGGCUCCUCAUCCAGAAAGCUUAGCACUUGUGACCGACUGGCUUGUCUCUCACGGCAUCGGGGAGCAAGAUAUGACCCGGUCCCCCGCCCAAGAUUGGAUCACUAUCACCGUUCCCGUGAGAGUUGCAGAGAAGAUGCUCGAUACUACGUAUCACGUUUGGAAGCAUACAUCAAGUGGCGAGUCAAUUGUUCGAACCACAAGCUACAGUCUUCCUAUCUAUCUGCACGAGCACGUUGACGUGAUUCAACCCACGACGACAUUUGCACGUCUCAAAAGUUUCAAGUCGACUAUUCAUAGGCUCGAUAUGGAAACUGGGCAGAUCGUUGAGCAAAGCAAUACCCCCAUUGUCAGCGCAUCCGGCAUCUCUGUUGACCCUAGUUGCAACACUACAGUCACGGUAACCUGUCUAAAGCAGUUGUAUAAUGCCACAGAUAUUACUCCUUCUGCUAACAUCAACAACUCUUUUGGAAUCACCGGUUACCUUGAUCAAUUCGCCAACUUUCAGGAUCUUCAAUCAUUCUUCGCCGUUCAAGUCCCCGAAGCUGUGAAUUCAAGCUUCACUGUUCUAUCUGUAGCAGGUGGUCAGAACAACCAGACUUUGUCCGAGGCCGGGGAUGAAGCAGAUCUUGAUAUCGAGUUCGGGUUCGGUAUCACCUUCCCGAUUAAUGGAACCUUUUUCACUACAGCUGGAAGUCCGCCAUUCAUCCCAGACUUGAAUACGCCUACGGAUACCAACGAGCCUUACAUUACGUGGUUGGACUUCAUUCUUGCUCAAAACGAGAUUCCUCUGGUCAUAACCACAAGUUAUGGCGACGAUGAGCAAACAGUUCCCGAAAGCUUCGCGAAACGUGCUUGUGCUGGUUUCGCCCAAUUGGGUGCUCGGGGCGUCUCUCUUACAUUUUCCAGUGGAGACGGAGGUGUUGGGGAUGGAGACCCCGAUCCUGCCACUCAAACUUGCAUCACGAACGAUGGGACUAAUAAAACAGAGUUCCUCCCUCUCUUUCCAGCUUCUUGUCCCUAUGUUACUGCCGUCGGAGGUACCAUCCAUGUUCCAGAGGUUGCAGUUGACUUCUCUGGAGGUGGAUUCUCCAACUACUUCCCUCGUCCUUCAUAUCAGGAUGCGGCCGUAGCUGCCUUUUUCGAAAACUUCCCCAAUGGAACAUAUGCAGGGCUCUUCAAUCCUGAUGGACGGGCGUUUCCAGAUGUCGCCGCUCAAGCUGACAACUUCCAAGUAAUUAUCGGGGGACAGACCGGUCUCAUCGGUGGCACUUCCGCUGCAUCGCCUACGUUUGCGGGUUUCGUAGCUCUGCUCAAUGAUGCAAGACUCAAGGCUGGACUGCCGUCCCUCGGAUUUUUGAACCCACUAUUUUAUUCAACUGCAAUUAGCGGGUUUAACGAUAUCACGACCGGGAAUGCUCCUGGAUGCGGCACUGAAGGCUUUAAUGCAACUGUUGGCUGGGAUCCUGUGACGGGACUUGGGACGCCUGAUGUAGGAAAACUUGUCGCGUUAGUGACACCUACAUAG